AUGACCCUGAGCCCCGAAGAUGAGGCGCUUCUGCGAGUCUGGAAUGGAGAGCCUGUGCAGCCGGUCGAACGAUGUGUGCAUGAGCUGAUACAGCUGCAAUGCACAGGACGUCCGGACGCGCUGGCGAUCUGUGGCUGGGAUGGCAACCUCACCUACCAGCAGCUGGAGGAACGGUCAUCCCGGCUAGCCAGCUCUCUGAUGCGCUUGGGUGUUGGCCCGGAAACCUUUGUUCCUCUCUGCUUCGAAAAAUCCUGCUGGACGACCGUCGCCAUGCUCGGAGUGCUGAAAGCCGGAGCCGCCUUUGUUCUGUUAGAUCCCUCCCAUCCCACGGAGCGCCUGCGCCAGAUCUGCGAGGACGCGGGCGCAAGACUGGUGGUCUCCUCAGUUCAGGAAGCAAGCCGAAGCGCAUCCCUAGCCGCCGUGGUGGUCGUUCUGGAUGACCAUGAUGGCGAUGGCAAUGGGCAGACGCACCCCAGCCAAGGGAGGAUGCCAUCGCCCAAGGUCCAGCCCAGCAAUGCCGCCUACGCUGCCUACACCUCCGGGUCAGCAGGGGCCCCCAAAGGGGUAGUGAUUGAACAUGGCUCCUUCUGCACAAACGCCCUGGCCCACGGGAAGGCGUUUGGUGUCAGCGCGACAUCCAGGGUGCUCCAAUUCGUCUCCUAUGCUUUCGACGCCAGUAUCAUGGAGAUCCUGACCACCCUCGUGCACGGCGGAGACGGUUGGAGAAUUCAAGCGAACUGGUUCUUUCUCACCCCGUCGUUAAUCAAGCUCCUACAGCCAGACCAGGUGCCCUCCAUUCAGACCAUCAUCCUUGGGGGAGAACCCAUUGCGCGGGUGGACGUGCAAACCUGGGCCGAUCGAGUGCAGCUGGUGCUCUGCUACGGUCCAACUGAGUGCUCGGCCAUCUCGACUGCAAAGCUAGCCGUGACGUGCGACUCGGAUCCCAGCAAUAUCGGGUUGCCUGUCGGGUGCGUGUGCUGGAUCGUCGAUCAACAUGAUCCUCAGCGACUGGCACCCAUUGGCGCCGUGGGCGAACUACUCAUAGAGGGACCCAUAACCGGGCGGACAUACAUCAACCGGGCUGACCAGACUGCUGCCUCCUACGUCCGCGAUCCGGUAUGGCUGCAGCCGCUCCGACGGGCCGUUCGACCGCUCUACACGACCGGUGACCUCGUCCGCUAUGAGCCGGACGGAUCGAUGCAGUAUAUCGGUCGCAAGGACACGCAGGUCAAGCUGCGUGGCCAGCGGAUCGAGCUCGGCGAGGUCGAACAGGCUAUCCGGCGGAGCAUGCGCAACGUCAAGGAUGUGGUGGCUGCAGUGGUGACGCCCGCGACCUGGAGUAGGAGGCCGAUACUGGUCGCUUUUAUCUGGUUCGCUGGUCUUUCAAGCGACGUCCAUGGGUCGUCAGAGCCGUUGGCACCCCCGAACGAGACGUUCAAGCACGAAUGUCGCCAGGCGGAGCGUGUUCUGCGCGAAUGCCUGCCACCGUACAUGGUCCCUACUCUCUACUUUCCACUCGCCCGGCUUCCGCUGACGCCAAAUGGGAAGGCAGACCGGCGACGACUGAUGGCGCAGGCGUCCCAGCUCUCCCGCGACGAGAUUUCGUCCUAUGCGACCGGGCAGGUCAAACGAUGCCAGCCGGAGACCGACCACGAGAGGACGGUGCAAGCACUGGUCGCGCAGGUGCUCCAUCUCUGCGCCGAGGACGUUGACUUGGAGGACAGCUUUCUCUACCAAGGAGGCGACUCCAUGGCGGCGAUGAAACUGGUCGCCCUGGCGCGAGAGGCCCAACUAUCGCUCAGCACCGUCCAGGUGCUGGGAGCAGCGACCUUGGCCGAACUCGCGUGCAGCGUGCCCCCCUCGCAGGGCCAGACGAUUGUCGAGGAAGAAGAUCCUUUCUCGCAGUUGGGGAUCGGCGACCCGGCUGCCUUUGUAGAGCAGACUGUGAUCCCCAAGCUGCCCGGUGUAUCGGUCAGUGAUAUCGAGGAUGUGCUUCCCGCAACGGAGCUGCAAUGGUUCUUCUGGAAGCUGCCCUGCGAAUACUUCCGGCUGCAUCUCCGCGGGCAUCUGGAUCGAGCCCGGUUCGACCGCGCUUGUCAGCACCUUCUCCAGCGACAUUCAAUCCUGCGCACUGUCUUCGUAGAAGAUAACAACCAGUUGCUGCAGGUCGUGCUCGGCCGUUGCGACAUACCCGUAGAAUCGUAUACCCGCAACACCGAUCUGUCCGAGUUCAUCGCCGCACUGGAAAGGGAGGACUCGACACGACCCCUGCCCAUGACAGCGCCAUCGGUUCGAUUGAUCUUGGUGACAGACAAUCAGGCGGAACACACCCUCGUGAUGCGGAUGCCCCAUGCGCUAUAUGAUGGCUUUUCAAUCCCCUUGCUGUGGCGGGACUUGGCCGCCCUGUACGAGAACCGCCCCCUAUCGCCUGCCGUGUCGUUUACGCGCUGUCUGGCACACUGCAACUCCAGCAAAACUGCCGCGGCUUUUGGCUUUUGGCGGAGGCUCCUGCACGGCGCUUCCAUGACAUACAUCGGACACGGAUGGAGGGAUGGGAUCUCCACCCCGGACGUCCGCGGGAUGAGCCUUGACCCUGGCCCAUUACUCCCACAAGACCGAUAUCGUCCUCGGGCAGAUCGUGCACGGCCGGUCCGUGCCGCUGUCAGGAAUCGAGAUGCUGGUCGGGCCGUGCCUCAACAACACACCCGUCCGAGUGACGUUGGAGGCGCACUGGACAGCGCUGGACCUGCUGCAGCACGUCCAGACGCAGCAUCUCCAGUCCGUGCCGUUCGAAACGAUCGAGUUCAGCCAGCUCGUCGAACAGUCGACCUCGUGGCCCCGCCAGACCCAGUUGGGCUCGUUGGUCCUACAUCAGAAUCUGGAGCCAUUAUCGGCGAUACGCAUGGGGGAGCUGGAUGGGACCAUCAGCCACAGUUUCUACCCCAGGGAGAAAACCGCCGAGUUCAUGGUCUACUCGACGCCCGGCGCAACCGAGCACGAGAUUCGCUUCGUCACAUCCCGAGCGAUGCUAGACUUUGA